CGCGGUGUGGGGGGGCGGGUGGAGUCGUGCCUCAGCAUGGCCGGCGGCGCGAUGUGGGGCGGGCUGCGGCGCAGCGAGGCCCGCUUCAUGGCAACCAUGAGCCGCAUCCUGGAGGAGUACAAUCAUCCUUUUGAAGAUGACAUACUUGUUUCCAUGGACACUCUCACUUACGAUACACCUGACGGACCUAAACAAUGGGAGCAAGUGUCACAGAAGGAUGUUAGAAAAUGGAGAAAGAAAAUAUUUAAGCGUUAUAGUCAAAGACCAAGGAUCACAGAAAUAUCAGAGGAACAGAGCAGUGGUGUUGAAGAUGAGCACUCAACAGUACACCAGGAAUCUUCUGAGAACCCUGGUGUGGAAAUAUCUAAUACAGAUGAAGAAAGUGAUGACGUAGUCUCAGUAGGAAGAAAGUUUGAAGGCAUUCACCUGCAGAAUCUGAUUGCAGAUGAUGGGCAAAUCUUCAAGGAAGAAAUAAUUCCAGUGGAUGUGAUAGUACAAGGUGAUGAGAGAAAUAUUCCCAAAUGGAUAACGAUAACAACUCCAGUUUCAUCUAAAAGUCAUCAUUCAACUUCACCAGGGCAAAAACGGCUUGUGUGCGUGUUUAAAAACAUUUCUGAGUUCACCUGUAUUUUAAUUGAUAUUAACCUUCAAAUUGCAGAUGAAGAAAGUGAUGACGUAGUCUCAGUAGGAAGAAAGUUUGAAGGCAUUCACCUGCAGAAUCUGAUUGCAGAUGAUGGGCAAAUCUUCAAGGAAGAAAUGGUUCCAGUGGAUGUGAUAGUACAAGGUGAUGAGAGAAAUAUUCCCAAAUGGAUAACGAUAACAACUCCAGUUUCAUCUAAAAGUCAUCAUUCAACUUCGCCAGGGCAAAAACUGCUUGGCCGUCAAGCUGCUGUUAGCAGAAAGAAGCUAGAGCUGUCAAAUGAGUGUUCUUCAUCCAAAUAUCCACAGUUACAGCAUUCUGCUGUUCCCAUUUCAUCAAAUACAACAGCCUCACCCAGGCACCAACCUUGUCCAGAACUGAGAAAGACUUCAUGUGAUAGUAUCCUUGGAGAAUACCAGUCUGCAGAUGAGGAAUGCUCCUUGAGCAAUACAACUCUUGCAGACUUGUAUCCAGCAAUGGUAGAGACAUUUACAAAGCUCAUGAAGAAGCAUUCUCAGAGCAUUGUGUUCAAGUACAUGUUUGGACGCCUACGGUCCAAGAAGAGGUAUUCUAGAAGACCAAAGCUCAAUGUCACUGUAGACAAAAUGAGAGGGUUUGAACCCUGUAAACUAAAGGAAUCAUUUCACAACACGUGUAGCUGUGGAAUUGAAGACAACCAAAAUCCAACUUCUGGAAAGAAGAGCGGAGAAUUCUGUUGUGACAGUUGCCCCGUUAAUAAUUCGUCUGGGCUGGUGCCUUAUGCUUAUACUGAUACAAAUGAAAUCAAAAUGCCUUACUCUGACUCAAGUUUAGAACAACAUUUGGCAUCUGGAAAAAGCCUAGAAAUCUGCAAAGACACUACUUUUCCUGAUGUUAUGGGUAGAAUAGGAGAGACAUUUCUAGUUGAAGAUAAAUUACAGACUACUGCCACACCCAAGAGUUCAGAAUACAGAGAAAUUGAAGAACAUACUUACAAACAUUUCUCAGAACCUAGUUUUAUAACAUCUACUGCCAGUUCAGAUUCAAGAGUGCUUCAUCUUGUAAAAGAGAGUAAGACUGAGAAAACUGACUCUUGUUUUGGUACCUCAGAGUUGUGUUCAUCUGCUUGUAGUUCCCCUGGUAAUAGAAACAAUUCUAUCCCUAUCACAAAUUGUUCUCCUGCAAAAUCAUCAUUAAAUACUGUGUUUGUAUAUCCUCAAAAAAUAAUUUCUGAAAGACGAACUUCUUUCCAGCACAAAGACUCAUUUUCCUCCUGGCUUAUGAAGCAGAGUCCUUCAAACAAGCCAAAUAAAUAUGAAGAUUCAUUUGAGGAACUCUACAACAAAGUGUGUUCUGAAAAAUUCCAAAAGCCUUUGACAUUGACAAGACCGCUUUUAAACUCGCAGAACCUUGAAGAGAAAGGAACAUUAGUGAAGAGUAAUCUAAGUGAUUCUGGGAGGUCUGCUAAUCGGUGUGAUAUAGAAUUUGACAGGCUCUUUGAGAAACUGUGUGGGGAGUCUGUUCCAAAAUUUCCUGGGCUUCAGGCAGCUUUAAAUUUCAAGAAAUAUGAAGAAAUGCAGAUACCUGAAACUGUAAAUGCACUUGUUAAUUCUCCUGUCCGAGCUUAUCCUGCAAUUUCCAGAGUUAAAAGAGCAAAUUUUUUAAACUAUCUUCCUUGUUCACCAGUAAAGCGACUGAAACUUACACCAGAACAUUGUUUUUCUCCAAGGAAAUGUCAGGAUAUUUUCCACAGUGAAAAGGGUAAUCUUCAGACAGGCAGCAUGGAUUUCUUGAGCAAAUACAGCUGUAGCAACCCCAGCUCUUUUGCUGAUCACAACUCUCAUUGUCAGGGCUCUAGAUCUCAUGAUUCUUCAGAUGAAAGUUUUCUUGGUAUUCAUGGCACUUCCCUGCAAGAAUCUGGGACUGCAGGUGCACAGUCUGGUUGGCCUUGGGCAAUGGAGAAUUGCUGCUCUUUAAGUAAUGUGAGGAAGUGUCAAUCAAGGGUGUACAGAAAACUAAGCUACAGUGAUGGGAAAGACCAAUUGUGAUAAUCCUUUGGAUGACUCUCUGGUUAAAACUCACCAAGAAGCAUUACUGCACUGUUACAGUGGAAAAAGUUUUAUAUAGUCUGUGUUUUAUUCAGUGUUGUUUCUUCUUCCGAGAAUCACAGAUGUAUGGUAAUAUAUGUAAGCAAUAUAUAUAUAUAUUGAUAUAUGUAAGCAAUACACAACUAGUUCUGAUUCAUACUUCCUUGUAGUUCAAAUCUUUGGGAAAGAUUUUGUCCCUUUUAACAGCGCACUUCUUACUCAAUUUAUGGCUAAGUUGGAAUUUUAUAUUUGACAGUAUUUGUAAUAACAGAAUGUGAUCUGUAUUCAUUUAUUUGCUGAUAAGCUUUGAUUCUUACUGUAUUAAUAAUAAGGAACAACCUCAUUUACCUAAAUUGCUGCUUACUCAUGUUUUUUGCAUAUAUCAGUGAAGACCCAAAAAUCACUGCUAUAUGCUAUGAUUUGACUCUACUAUGCAAUGUUAAUGUUAAAAUUUUCCAGAGCUGAUUGUUCAAUAAGAUUUUAUACUUUUUAUUAGAUAUGCAUUCUGUGUUUUGACAAAAUUGUACCUAACAUCGUCUAUGUCCUAAAUAAAAAAAUUGUUCUGAACAAA